GAAAAACCCCAGUCAAAAUGUUAAUUGAUACAUCCUCGAAAUUUAAUACCAUUAGUAAGAGGUUGUUCGAUAAGCUUGAAGAAGAUUAUGGGUUGGAAGGUGUAUCUGGUGAUGAUUUGAUAGGUGCAGAAAUAAAAUGCUUAGAUCUACAAUUUUGCUAUAAAGGAAAGUGGCGAAGCUUAGAUGGCACUGAAGUAAUAGACUUUCAAAUUCGCAAAAAUCCAUUAUUCGAUUUGGUGCUGGGACAAGAAUGGUUAUGGAUGCAUAAAGUAAAAAUUAUCUUUGGAUUUUUUCCCAGAACCUAUGAACACCGCGAUAAAAUUGUAAUAGAUAAUAUGAGUAUCCCAUUGAUUGAAGGAUAUGGCAGGCCCAUGGACGACUCGAAGAGUCAUAAAACCAGCUCUGGUAAAAAUAACUCACCUAAGUCCGAUCUAUCAAUAGAGGAGAUUACAAAUAUAAUCAAGAAACUUCUUUCAAACGCCAAAAAUAAUAAACACCAAAAGAGUUAUCAUGAGAUAUUUCACAACAUAACUCCUGUACCUCCACCAUCCAGAAGAUUAAAUGAUAAUGUACCCAAAAAUAGCAGAGCUAGCAAGAAUAAGAAAUAUCCUAAAGUAGAUUUAGGCGAUGGGUGUGGAAAGCUUUCAAUAAAAACACACCUCAAUAAUAUUUGGAAGUCGGUUCAUUCUAUAGAAGAUGAUAUAGAGUAUAGAAUUUUUGAAAAACUUUGUAUUAUCGAGUAUGAACUAAGUUGUAUAAAUAAAGGAAAGUUACCAUGGAUAAAAUCUGAGACAGAUCCUUCUAAUUCUUGCUUACAGCAAAAUAAGAGCAAGAAAGGUGGGGGUAAGUAUUCCACAGAUUCGGAUACUGACACUUCUGAUACAAGCACUUCUUAUUCCUCCAAUUCAGGUCCGGAAGGUGUAU